CACUGAGCAAGUGCUACCACCCUGUUUGAAUUAACAUGACCAGCCGCAUCCGGCGCGCGAUUUGUGAGCAGUUGCCGCAAUUGGAAAACAUAUACUAUGCGUUGGAGGUGCCUGCCAAAAAGCAACUGAAUGCUGCUUCACGACCCGUGCUGCAGUGGACAUUGUCGGCAACUGUUGCACAACAGGAAAGCGAAUUGUUGGAGUCGGUGAAAAGUCAACAAUUUGAUGCCGCAUACAUUGAACAGGUGCGCGUGGUGCCUAGUGCAGGACGUAGUGCAGCUAAGGUGGAGUUCCAGCUGCAGCCAGAUGCAUUUGCAGCCCACCUUCUGCAAGUGGAGACGACCCCGACCCCUUCAGUGGCACCAGCUUGCGCUGAGGAGCACGUUGUUGUAGAAUACAGCUCGCCAAACAUUGCAAAGCCUUUUCAUGUCGGACACUUGCGCUCUACAAUCAUAGGCAAUGUGCUGGCCAAUCUUCACCAGCAUUUGGGCUAUCGCACGACUCGCCUCAACUACUUGGGCGAUUGGGGCACUCAGUUUGGUUUACUGGCACUGGGCGUGCAACUGAAGAACGUGUCCGAUGCUGAAAUGCGAGUGGCGCCUAUCGAAACUCUAUACAAUGCAUAUGUGGCAGCAAACAAGGCUGCCACUGAGGAUCCUGAUCUGGCUAAACGAGCACGCGAUUUGUUCACUGCGCUGGAGGCGGGCACAGAUGCAACCAUGACCAGCAAAUGGCAGCAGUAUCGUCAUUAUACCAUAGACGAGCUCACAUCUGUUUAUGAGCGCCUUGGGGUGCAUUUUGACAGCUAUGAAUGGGAAUCACAGUACUCACAAAAUGAGAUCAGUGAAGUUCUGGCCCAGCUUCGCUCAGCAGGGAUCCUACAGCGCGAGCUGGAUGGCCGUGAAAUCGUUGUUGUCGAUCAGCGUCGAGUUCCUGUGAUCAAAAGCGAUGGCUCCACUUUAUACCUGGCACGUGACAUUGCGGCUCUGUUGGAGCGUCAAAGGCGUCUACAGUUCUCAAGCAUGCUGUACGUCGUGGAUAAUGGCCAGACAGAUCAUUUCAAUGCCUUGUUCCAAACAGCUACGGCGUUAGACAAUCGCUUCAAUGGUAAACUACAGCAUGUGAAAUUCGGACGAAUUCAUGGAAUGAGCACACGCCAGGGCAAAGCCAUCUUCCUCAGCGAUGUGCUCAACGAGGCCAGGGAGGUGAUGCGCGAGAAGCGAACCCUCAGUGCAACCACUAAAGUUAAUAGCUGUAUGAAUGAUGAGCACGUUUGCGACAUUCUGGGUGUGUCUGCUGUACUUGUCAACGUAUUGAAACAGCGACGCCAGCGGGAUCAUGUUUUUAGCUGGGAUCAGGCGCUACAGGUAAACGGCGAUACGGGCAUCAAGCUACAAUAUACACACUGCCGUUUGCACAGUCUGCUGGAUAAUUUUCGACAUAUUCAGCUGGAGAAUAUAAAGCCAAGCUGGCAGCAUUUAACCCAAGAGCCAUCAGAGGCUCUGGAUGUGCUUUAUGAGCUGGCUCGCUUCGAGCAAUGCGUGUGGCAUUCCAAGGAGCAGCUAGAGGCUUGUGUGCUGGUCAACUAUCUGUUUGGCUUGUGCAAUGCAACGAGUCGUGCGCUAAAGCGCUUGCCUGUGAAGCUGGAGAGAUGUCCAGCGAAACAAUCGCAACGUCUGCUGCUCUUCCAUGCGGCUAAGCGUACGCUACAAUGCGGAAUGCAGCUGUUGGGCCUCAAGCCCCUAAACCAAAUGUAGUUGAUGCUACUUAAUUUAAUAACAUAAUUUUAUUGAACAUUUGAGUAGAAAUGCAAUGUAUUUAGCCGCUUAGCGCUUCUUCCACGUGUACUUGCGCCGAGCGCCUUCCUGUCCGAACUUCUUGCGCUCCCGCCGGCGGUAGUCACGUGUCAGCAAGCCGGCUGUGUACAGAAAGACAUAUGUAAAAGCAAUUAGUGACAAUGAUAAGAUGCGGGCUGGUAAGACAUCGGCACACUUACCCAAGCGCAUUGACUCAAUCAUCUCCUGAUCAACGAAGCUGCGCAAGCUCAUUGCAAUGCCCCAACGAAUGGCACCUGCCUGACCGGACGGACCACCGCCCUCCACAUUGGCCUCCACAUCAACUUUGCCCAGCAUUUCGGUAAAGUUCAGCGGAAAAAGUAACUGAAAAAAAUUCAGAAUACACAAUCGUUAUGUUAUCGCGUUUGAUGUCAAGUUCAGAGCGCUCGAGGCGGCUAUUGUUUAUAUACGUUAUUCAUAUAUAUGCAGAUAUACAAAAUAAAAUAAGUUGAUCAAA